AUGGGGACGUACCCGGGAUUCUUUUACCGUCAACUGACAUUCAAACCAAAGCCUCUUGAUAAGAGCGUGAGACUUGAUGGAAAAACAGCCAUCAUCACCGGCGCCAACGCGGGACUCGGCCUUGAGGCGGCAAAAGAGAUGGCUGCCCACGGCCUGACUCGACUCAUUCUCGCCGUCAGAAGUCUCAACAAGGGCACUGCCGCUCGCGAGGAGAUACUUGCUCAGACGCCCACGAUCAAUGUUCUCGUGUGGACCUUGGACCACGAAUCUUUUGCUAGCAUUGAUGAUUUCGGAAAACGUGUCACAGAGCUCGAUCGGCUCGAUAUCGUCAUCCUCAAUGUUGGCGUCAAGAACGUGGACUAUGUCCAGUCCAAGACUGGGCAUGAGUCUCAUGUUCAGGUCAAUCAUCUUGGCACAGCACUCGUAUCUCUGCACAUGCUUGAACCUCUCCAUCGAACAGCUGAGGCCACUGGUAUUUCAGGCCGACUGACUAUCGUCUCGUCAGAGAACCACUUCUGGGCCAAGUUCCGAGAGCUACGGGCGCAAAAUGCACUGGAGGAAUUGGAUACGAGCCGCGCCUGUUUUAAGGGUCUCGACAAGCUCAACAUUGAACGCUACAGCACCAGCAAGCUGCUCAACGUCUUGUGGAUGCGGCAGCUAAGCGCCAGGUCGGCGGCACUUGGCCUGCACGUCACCAUCAAUACGGUGAACCCUGGUUUCUGCGCGAGCUCAUUGCACAGGUCUGAUGCCUCGGCCAGCAUGGCAGUCAAUUUGUUUGCUUGGACGGCGAUGCAGGGCGGACAUUGCCUGGUGGAUGCUGCAACUCGCCACGAGAAUCAGCAUGGCGUCUACAUUAGUGAACAAACCGUGAAGAGCCCCUCGGCAUUUGUGCUAUCUUCUGCGGGUGCCGAGGCGCAGAUCAAGAUAUGGAGGGAGACGAUGGAGCUGUUGCGGAACGAGGCCCCUCUAGUUCCUCUCAUGGACAAGCUUCAGCAAUAA